GUACGACAUCGGCCCCGGCGACAACCUCUCCAGCCUCAGAGCAUCCAAAAUUACUCGAGGAUCAAAACAAUGUCGGCUUCAAUACGUGCGAUGCAGCUCCGAAAGGUUGCUAUUCGGCUUCUGCCAGAGCAAGGCCGCACCACAAACCUGCUUUUACGUACCAACUCCUGCAGGCACAUUGUCCAGAAGCUCGGUAGCUUUCAACUCCAACAACAAUUGCGGCUCAAAUCAACGUUUGAUCCCAAAUCCUUCGAACCAGGCCAACAGAAGUCCGAAGAUGGAGAGGAAAAGAAGAUUCCCAAACCAUCCGUCGGCCAAAUAUUCUCGCAGGCCUUCAAGGGUGCAAUCCAGAUGUUGGGUGGCGUGUUUCGCAGUGAGAACUUGAAGAAAGCUUGGCAGACGCAUCCUGGCGAGUUCAGUUUGGCAGUUAUAAUGCUUACCGGUGUUGCUGGCGUCGUGGGUUACACCGUCUAUCUCUACUUCAACUACUUUUACGCCGAACAGUUCACUCGGUAUCCGGAUGAGGUCGCAUUUUCCCUACGCAAGGCCCUCUACUACGGUGAUUAUGUCAAGGACCCGAAGCUAGCUCUCAAGUACUAUCAAAAGGCAAUCGAACAGUGCUUUGAGCACAGGCUAGACUUCUUCUCGGACGAGUUCGUUGGAGUCAGGGUCAGGCUGGCCCAAUGGCUUGAAGAGACAGGUGCAUACGAUCAGGCUAUUCAUGCGCUGGAGGUCAUCCUCAAUGACCAUAAGCGCUGGGUUGACAUGAUGGAGCAGCAGAUCAAGGAGGGCAAGAACCCGGAUCAACUGCUGACCGCCACCACUGCGACAGUAAUCCCAGCCAAGGACGCUGAAGGCCAGCAGAGCGAGCAAGGCAGGGAAGCAGCAGCGCAGACAACUACGAAUUUGGCAGCUGCUGGCUCUGCUGCGGAUGCCAAAACCACUCAAGGGUCUCAUAGUGCUGCGAUUGACGAUACAACUGCUAACGGACAACCUGAAGCUCCUCGGGAGACUAUUUGGGGCAAGAGGAACCGAAUCAUUCGCAGAUCCAUCGGUAUUGCUGUCAAGCUCGGCCAACUCUAUUCAGACGAACACGUUCUCAAGCAAGACCUCGCUCAUGAGCGCCUCACAUGGGCAGUGGAGACGCUGUUGAGAGAAAUGCAGCGACGUUCCACCGAAGGCACAAAGCCCGGCGAGUAUGAUUUUCUCAGCGAUGAGGAGGUGGGAGGUGUUUUUGAGCAGCUAGGCCAAAGCUUUUUGGCCAAGGACAAAGCUCACUUGGCGGUGCCCUUGUUCUUCCAAGCCCUCAACCUCUGCAAGGCGCCCUGUCAUACUGCAACGUUGAUGAACAACCUGGCUACAGCAUUUGCUCAGCAUCCCAUCACUGGUGACAACAUUCCGCAAGACUUAAUCAAGUUCUCCAACAAGUCAUCCCCAGAGUGGUGGGCGGCCACUAAAGCCACCUAUCUCGAGUUUGCCAAGAAUUGGGCCAACAACGCCGUUGGGCUCGCUUCUAGCACCAAGGGAGAAGAUGUGCGAACUCCAGAGUGCGACCAGGCAUGUGCAGUUGCCCUUUGCAACCUGGGUGAAAUCGCAAGCCUAAGUGGGAACCCGGAGGAGGCUCGCAAACGCUUCAACCAAUGCAUCGCUAUGAGCAACAAGCUUGACUUCCCAGAAGGUGUGAAGCAAGCCAAGGCAGGACUCAAGGAACUCACAACAGGCGAGAAGAAAUGAACACAAACUGCCACUACCAGUGCAGUACUGAGACAGGCGCCGCCAGCUAACUCAUCUCAAUGCCAUGAGGGAACUGCCCUAGUAUCUGGGCAUCAUCUUCUCCGAGACCAAUAAGCUUUAGAACUAUCGAUGUCACAAGAUCUGGCACGUGGUUAACAGCACCGGAGCUGCGUUGAAAGAGUGGACAUCCAUCACCUAGGAGGACUAGACAUGAUCACGCAAUGGCGAUGCAAAUCCCGAGUGGACCCUGGGGAAACAGACUCAAAGGCCGUGGCAAGGUUUCGUGCCGUGGCGCAUUGCUGGGACAAAUUGCUGCUGCCUAGACCUAGAGCCUGUCUCCAACGGGCAUGCAGGGGUCUUUGAGCGGAAUUCUCCGAGACGCCAAUACAACGGCGCUAUCACUGCUUCAUUGUUAACAGGGUCUGCCAGGGGCGUAUCGGCGGGACAAUGGGGAUCAUCUGAAGGGAUUGGCUUUUGGGAGGCUCACACGGCGUAUAGUGGAAGGUAAAGGACGCUAGGGUUCCGACAGAUGCCGAAUCAAGCGUAUACCCUCGUAUAGUAGCGUGCAACUCCACCGGCAUUCGGGCUUGUGCCGG